AUGCACCUACGGUUCACCCCUCGGAAGUACAUGUCAGUGAUCAGGGAUCCCAUUUUGAACUGCAGCCCAUGGAGGAAACUCUCCUUUUUUAUUUGUAUAAGGGCUGAUUCGAUUGAUGAAGGUUGUAUCCCACUGCUUCGAAGCAGGUCGAACCCCAAUCCGUACACCAAUCCCCUUGCUCCGUUUCUUUCCGAUAUGGAGGCGGCGAGGGAUUUUCUAAGGAACGGGCCAUUUUUCUGGUCCUCUUUUACGCCAAAGAGGGUCCCCAGGGCGUUGGGUCAUUUCCUUUCUGAUUCCCGGGUGGCAGAGGAUGUUGACUCGGAAUUUGAUGAUCGUAUCCUCCUCUGCCAUGUCCCUUUGAGAGGGGCGGAGGCUGAAUCGUUCAAAGGCAAAGGAGUUGACCUCAGUGGCAUAGAUUUUUCCAUCGAUGACUCCGUACUACCUGAAUGGGAUCCGAAUCUUGCUUUUGGCGACGAUAGUGGUUCCAGUGACUUGCCUCUGCCUGACUUUGAUUGGUUCUUUGCUGACCUUCCUACAGAUCUCGACCCGCCUCCACUUGGGGAAGAAUGGAGGAGACUUGAAGCAGUCGCGGAAGGAUCCCACAUGAUUAAUGGGGGGCUGAACAUACUUAGUUCGGACCUUGAAGAAGGUAACAAAGAGGCGAUGGUUUACCACUUCAAGGCGGGGAAAGAGGAGAAGGAUCUCGCUCACAUGCAGAAAGAGGUCUUGGAGCGAGAGUCAAGGCUUGCCAGGGAUCAUGCCAGGGCCAUCAGUCGAGCGGAGACAAGAGGUCGGAGAGAGGUCGUUGCUGUGAUGAGCUAGCGAGCAUCUGAGUCCAAGGCCGAGCUUGGUAAUCUCAGCGAGUUUUAUUUGUUGGUGGGCGAUUUUCGUGAGUGCCGAG